AUGGCCAUCAUGGAUUUCGUCCAGCGCUUCCAAGCUCUGCAGCUGCAGCGAGACACCGGCAAUGAGUUAAUAAAGGAUCUUUUGAUUUACUGCGAGGGCAUGGAAACCGGUCUGCGGCUUGAAAAUGCGAGACUUGCAAAAGAGCUAGAAGAUGCGCAAUUAGAUCUCGACGAUGCCCGGCGCUCGAGACGGGAUUUGCAGCAGCAGUUGAAUUUGGCCCAGCAGCGAGUUGGCCAGUUCAGUGUCGAUUGCGAUUCCAUGAGGAAUCGCAAUCCGUACAUUAUGGUCUUGAUUGACGGGGAUGGUAUGAUCUUCAAUGAAGACCUCAUACACCAGGGAAUCGAAGGGGGAAAGCAGGCAGCCAACGCUCUUCGAAACUCCGUCCUCGAACACUGCAGCGAACUUACAGACGAAAUCGAAAUUAUGGCUAAAGUUUGUGCAAAUAUAACAGGCCUCUCGAAGGCUAUGCGACGGGAUGGAUCUCUCGGCAACCCAGAUGAUUUGAGGGAUUUUACAUUAGGUUUUACACAAGGAAAAGCUUCGUUCGACUUCAUCGAUGUUGGACACGGAAAGGAGCGGGCAGAUUCGAAGAUCAAAGAAUGCAUGCGCUGGCACCUUCGAAACCACAACUGCAAACAGAUUCUUCUAGGUAUCUCCCACGACGCCGGUUACGCCCCCUUCCUCGAUGAAGUAGUCAGUCAAGACGACCGCUGCCGAAUUACAAUUAUCGAAGGGCCUCCCACCGUCCGCGAGCUCGUCAGUACCGGCCUACAAGUCUUAAAUUUCAACAACAUAUUCCGCGCAGAAAAGCUCGUCGAUCGUUUAAUUCCAUCUCCCACGCCACCAUCGACCUGGGCAGGAGUGACCUCCAUAGCUAUUCCCUCAGCUCCAGUGGCCGUCCCACCAGUUCCAGUGAAAACCAACGGUACAACCAAAAAACUAACACCAAUUACCCCCAUUGCAAAGCCAGCCUGGGUCCCCAAUCCCCGCGGUCUCGAUCCCCCAAUCACCGUCAACGCAACAGUCCUCGAUAAAAUCAAACGCCGAACCACAAACAACAAACUCUGCAAUAACCAUUACCUCCGCGGGCCAUGCGCCAAGGGCGAUGAAUGCUGUUUCGAGCACCAAUACAAGGCCACCGACGAAGAUUUGAAAGCUAUUGCAUAUCUGACAAGACUCAACCCAUGUCUGAAUGGUCAGGACUGUGAACUGGAAUUUUGUAUUUACGGGCACCAUUGUCCGUCUGUUAGUAUGGGAACUAGUGGCAAGGACCCGGUGUGCAAUGCUUUUGGAUGUAGGUUUGGGAAGGAGGAUCACCCACCUGGUACUGUUAUCAAGCACCCGAGGAAGGAGAGGUGGGAGAAGGACUAUGAGCGCUACUAG